CGGCGGCUUCCCGGAAGUGAUCGGUACACGUGCAUUCACUAGGAGAUCAGCAGCGAUGGAUGCUUUGGACAAAGUCCUAAAGCCUAAAACAAAAAGGGCUAAGAGAUUCCUUGAGAAGAGAGAACCAAAACUCAGUGAGAACAUUAAGAAUGCCAUGCUGAUUAAAGGCGGGAAUGCGAAUGCAACGGUGACACAAGUACUCAGAGACGUGUAUGCACUGAAGAAACCGUAUGGAGUUCUCUAUAAAAAGAAAAACAUUACAAGACCAUUUGAGGAUCAGACGUCACUGGAGUUCUUUUCAAAGAAGUCGGACUGUUCUCUGUUCAUGUUUGGCUCCCACAAUAAGAAGAGGCCCAAUAAUCUCGUGAUAGGUCGUAUGUAUGACUACCAUGUGCUGGAUAUGAUUGAACUAGGGAUUGAGAAAUUCGUGUCUCUGAAAGAUAUUAAGACAAGUAAGUGCCCCGAGGGAACAAAGCCCAUGUUGAUAUUUGCUGGUGAUGAUUUUGAUGUAACAGAAGACUACAGAAGACUGAAAAAUCUUCUUAUUGAUUUCUUCAGAGGCCCCACAGUGUCAAACGUCCGUCUGGCUGGAUUGGAGUAUGUUCUGCACUUCACGGCACUGAGUGGGAAGGUUUACUUUCGAAGCUAUAAGCUGCUGCUGAAGAAAUCUGGGUGCAGAACACCGCGAAUCGAGCUAGAAGAGAUGGGGCCGUCGUUGGAUCUGGUUGUGAGGAGGACACACUUAGCAUCGGACGACCUUUAUAAACUGUCCAUGAAAGUGCCCAAAGCUCUCAAGCCGAAGAAGAGGAAGAAUAUCUCUCAGGAUACUUUUGGUACAACGUUUGGAAGGAUUCAUAUGCAGAAGCAAGACCUAAGCAAACUACAGACGAGGAAAGUGAAGGGGUUGAAGAAGCGGCCUGCAGAGAAUGGAGUAGAAGACCAGGGGAAGAAAUCAAAGAGAAUUAAGAAAAGUUAGUGAACCCGACUGACAGACAGCAUCACCUUCUUGUGUUGUUUACUAAAGAGAAUUUUUCUGCUUGAGGCUGUUUGGUUUUCUGAUAAGACUUUGUGGCUUAUUUGGAUGGGGUGAGGGUGUGACAAAAUUUCACACUGUAGCCCAGGCUGGCCCCAGCCUCCCAAGUGCUGUGAUGUACCAUCAGAGCCAGCACACUGUAUAUUUCUAUAACAUUAUUUAUUACGUAAAACUUUUUUUAAAAAAAUUGAAAUUCGUGUUUGGAUCCUACUCA